AUGAUUGAAAUUCCAACGCUCGAAGAGCUGGGACAUUCGAGACAAGAACUCAAACAGCUAGAGCAGCAGUACGAUCGCUUGUCUCUCUCUGAGAGUUUGAGGCCUGAUAAUGGCACCCUUCGAGGGUCCAUCCCUGAAGAAGAGAUUCCUCAGACACCCAGUCAAGCAAAUGGCGAUUAUCCCGAGACACCCAACCAGGGACAUCUUCAGGCAGCCCCCGAAUUGGACGAAAAUAUAGACAAUGGGUUUCCAGAGCAUAUAGAAGCUAGUCAUAGCUUUCAAUUUGGGGUCGCCACCCCAACACCACUCGGGCCUGCUUUUGAUUAUGAUCCGGAGCUGCCUGUGGUUUCUGCCCCACAGCUUGUCAAUACGCAAAUGUCCCCCUUGCCCUCAGAUCAGUACUUCCUGAGUAAGUACCAAAAACAAGCCGAACAAUUACAUUCCGAAGAUACCAUAUACGAGAACACUGAUGCAUUUAUGAUCCACCCCAGCUCACAAGCACCAUUCGAUGAAACUGAGGAGUCAGACACUUCCCUCGAUAAUCAGAAUCAUGAAGUGCAAACGUCCACGCUAGAGCGCACAGUUUCCCAAAUGACGCCGAUACGCCCGCCCAGAGGCAGAGCAGCAUCUGCACUGGGUCCGCAUCCUCUACGAAAGAUGGUUGCAUCGUCACCGGAAAAUGACAUCAAUGCUGAAGCUCACAUGGAAAGUGUGAGUGACUUUGAGGCGCUAGACGAGUUCGAUACCUCGGGACAAUUCAAUCGAUUACCCUCCUCCAACUCAAUGGGAUUGGCACACUCACAGCUGCAAACGCUACAUACUCCACAACCACCUCAGGGACAUAAUUAUGUUGAGCCAUCUCCUCAGCUCCCACCUCCGCUUUCAGCAAAGUCACUGAAGCUUGCAAUUUCCCAAAGAGAAGAGUUCUCUCAGAUGCGCAGAAUUAUGGCCACAGAGCAAAAGACACCCGCGGAGUACACCCUUCAUAUCGUUUUCACUCAGUUCGUCCGUCACGCUGAGCGCAAGUUGAAUUUGUGCCUUGAAUACCCUCUCCUGGAGGAACCACCCAUUCUAGAGCUCUUGGGCCAAGGCUCUGACGCCAACUUUGAUAACAUUGUUUCUGCGCUUGGUUAUAUUGCAAAGCGUAAAUCGAAGCCUGUGAUUGACUCUGUGAUGUUCUGGAGGAAAUCCAAGAGUGAAGUAGCUGCAAUGGCAGCCUCAGAGGUGGAAAAGAUUUACUCCGUGGCGCAAGGUGACUUGGCAAGAAUUGCUUCAUCAGUAAGCAACUCAAGUAAACCUUCUCAACCAUCCGUUCUGCCGAAGGCAUCGAAGCCUCGUGGCAAGCGAAGUCUUUCACUAAUGCAUACGAAAAGUUUGUCCAAGUUGACUCACAAGAGAAACAACUCCGCAUCUGUGGUGUCAACCACAUCUAACGACCGAAAAAAAUCUCUUGAUGUGCCGGACACAGAGUCACUGGAGUACUCCCGACAGCGAAAGUAUUACGAUGAGCAGAUCUCCCAGGCUCGCGACACAGCUGUUCAAGCAGAAAGAAAAUCGCUAGCAUCCAUCUACAUUUUAUGCCGGGUAUUGAUCGAAGUGGUCAAGCAGGCCUCCUAUGAAGCGGUUGGCGACGAUUUGGGUGGAAAGCUCGAGGAAAUUGUCUACACCCAAUUGCGUACCACAGACCCUGUAACCACAAGAGAAUCAUUUGUGCGUCUGGCAAACUGGAAUUUGUUCGCCGAACUUUUGGGCUACAUGUCCGAGAAGCGCUUUUUGAGUGUGAGUGACCGCUUCAUUGCAGAUUUGGAGAAGGUCCCAACUACUGUCAAGCAAGCGGACGAGCCUAAUAUCAAACUUCUCGUUCACGGCAUGAAGCAUCUCAAACUUUCCAUCUACCCUCUAGAAAAGUUCGAGGAGAGCGCAGAAUUUCUUCAAUCGAUCACCAAAUUCUUUUCUGCAUCUCAAAAUCACGGUGUCCUUAUCGCAUACGCCAAGGUAUUGAGCAACCUUUUACUUCCAUUGGCAACGCUGCUCACAGCGGAAGCAAAUCACCCACUAUGGGUUGAGACGACCACGAAAAUCUUCAACAAAGCCGUUUUGUUGUGCAAUUAUUCCUCAUUAAGAGCAACAAAUGGUGCACCACCCCUGAUUCCGUCGACAGUAUCGACAGAGGAGAUCACUGCAUCAACCAAUGAUUGGGCUACAUCUGUCGAAUUGAUGACCUCUGCUUUAUGUGUCUCUUCCAAGGAGCUCUUUGCCAAACACUGGUUCGAGGUCAUAAAAACUAAUGCCGCCAAACUUAAGCCGAAGAGCGACGUCGCAGACAAAACAAAGUUGAUGAUUUGCGCAUCUAGACUCCUUUGGGUUUACAUGAAUCGUCUUCCCGACACACUCAAUAACACUAUUGAGCGUCUAGACAGCUUCUUUCAGUUCUUGUUUUUCGGCCCUCAAGUAUCUGGCAAGAAGCAAUGGAUCGUCUUAGAUAGUGGGUUGAUUAACGCUUUGUCAGAGGUUAUAAGAAUUGUUGGCUUCCAUCAUUUUAAUUAUGUCUUGGAUAACGUGAUUUUGAAGUUAUUGAAUAGCAGUUUCAACGGUCUGAGCUUGGAGAAUGCUUCAUCAGAGAAGCUUAUUUUGGUCAUAGAGUCCUACAUGCUUUGUUUGAAGGAUUCAAAGCUGGGCGAUAAACCCAGCUUUCCUACCGACAAAGUAUUCCAAGAGGAAUUUGCUUUGCAGUUUUCGUCUACCGAUCAUAGCAGAAAGAACAACAAGAUUUCAAUCUCUGACGAGCAGAUGAGCGAGCUUCGGAGAUGGAACAAAUUCAUGUUUGACUUCAAGAACAUCAAAAAUUUCGAGACUCACGAAGACAUUUGUCGGACAAUUGCUGUUUUGUUCAAACUUCUCGAUAACCGCUGCGGAAUGACCGGGUGGACUAGUUCACAAGGACCAGCAUCGUUGGGUAACAGUGUUAAAUCAUCGUUUUCAAACUUGCCGUUUGGAUUAGAUUUCUCUUAUCAAAGCUCCAGAGAUGCUUUCAAAGAUUUGUUUGCCGCAACCAUUAACGCGUGUCCAUGGUCGAUCAUCCCUCUUGCAAGCGAGAAGGGUGGCUCUGGCAUUGGAAUCACCUUCAAAGCUUGCGCCGAAAUUCUCAUCAGAAAUAGCAUCCACUACAAUACUCAAAUUGCCAAUGCGUCAGUCAACGCAUUAUUGAAGCUAGCUUCACGGAAAAAUGCUGGUGAAUUGAUUGCCACGUUUGGUAAAGUUGCAUUCCGGCUUACCGAGAAGCCUGGCCCACUGUACGAUUCUGACUACUUCAAUUCCGAGGAAUUCUUAAGAUUAUUGAGAAUUUAUGUUGAGCUUUUGAGGUGUUGGUCUAUGCAAUUUUCGCCAGAGACCGAACAUUUUACAGCCCAAGAAAGCGGAGAGAACGAGCUUAUGAACAAUGACGUUCUCAAUGAUCUCUAUCAAAUCAACUACAAGGCACCAGACUUGACAAACUUGGACAUCCCUACCACCAAAUGGAAGCCUUCUGAGGAGCUUGAAUGGAAGAAUAUCGUUACUGUUAUAGAAGAGGUUGAAGGAAAUGGUCUCUUUUUCCUAUGUUCACAAGACAGCCAUGUCAGGGCAUUGUCUCUUUCAAUUUUGAGAAUUGUUGAACAGUUUGACCAAUCGUUAUACAAUCUUACUGACAGAAAAAGAGAACCCACGCCUGGCUCCAACGGUUCCGUGAAGGGCCACUCUCGCAAUUCCUCAAAGUAUGUGGCAGACGAAGGAACAAGGUUGAUCCAUGUUCUCGAAGAUGUGGAUCUUAUGAGUCUUUUGAAACCACUAAAGCGCGACUUGAGUGUACCCGAGCGCACUAGACUCUCAAAAAUCAAGGCCAAGAAGGGACUAUUAGCCAAAUUCGCUUCUUCGGACCAUGGUAUCGAUAGUACCAUUUGGUUCAGAAUUUAUCCAAGAUUGCUAGACAUAUUCUUUGAAAGAGAAGCUGUUAUUGCAGGCUUGAGCUCAAUCAACAUUAACAUAUUUAAGACACUCGCUGAGAACCUACCAGAAUCAAUGAAUGACUGGAAUUCUGACGUUUUAAGGAGAGAUGUCGCGGAGGAUCGGGUUCGAAUUGAAACUGUUCAUAUUCUUAGCAUCAUUACCAGCAGAUUCAAAUCGAAUAGUCUUCUUUAUGAUGAUGAGAAUACGGUUGAAAACCUUGUUUCGAUUAUCAAAAACGUGAAGGCAUUCUUGUCACUUACCGCAGUUCAAACACUGCCUGAAUAUCAACGUUUGCGGUGUUACUUUGCUGCACUACUUGAAAAUGUUUUUGUCGGAUUGAAUGAAAAGCUGGACCUCAAUACCUGGCUUCCAUUCGAGGCGCGUAUCGGGUGCUUCAACUACCUCAAGGAAUGGUGUGGGUUUGGCGAUUCAAAAGAUGUUCUUGAAGAAAGAACUCAAAUAAUGAAGCAAGCUGCACAGCAAUCGAAAGAGCCCGCUACAGCUGUGGGUCUUCUUGAGAUCGAUAUCAAAGCAUUACAAAUUUCUGCCUUGAGCUGCAUGGCAACAAUAUGUUCUGGAGCGUUGAAGCAGUCACUCAUAGUUCCUGGAAAGACAGCUGUUCUUUCAUUUGAUAUCAAAAGUGUGAUGAACUGGGUGCACGAGAUAAUUAAUUCUCCUAACGAGCGUGUGCAAGAGAUGGGCAAGUCGGCUCUCACGAACAUCAUGGAUAUCAACAUCAAUAGUGACGACAUCUAUGACGAGGUUUUGCGGCAGUGCUACAAUCUGGAGAAUUCUUCCAAGGUCAAAGAGGUGUACUAUACAAAUUUAGUGACUUCUUUCCUCAAUCAUCGUGAUAUUGACAAGAUGCCAUACGACUUGUUCUGUCUCUCAACUUUUUUGGUCGGUACAGAGAGCUACCAAACCCGUGUAUCAGCGAUUGAAUGCUUGAAGUCCAUUGAGAGUCGCUUCCUCAACACGACGACAGCAGACUAUUUCACUGAGAGUGUGUGUUGUACGACUAUGGUGGUCUACAAAAAGGUUCUUUUCGAGAUUUCCGUGAAACUUGCGUCUCUCCAUUCCAAAGACUCUUUCACUUACAUCAGUUAUUUGACUAAAUAUUUCAACUUGGUCGAUAAUUCUACCAGAAGAGACAUUUUGGCUUGCUUACUUCCUUGGGUUCAAACCGUCGAACUCAAGUACAAAGUCAAAGAAGAAGAUGCAGCUGAGUCAACGGGACCCCAGUCCUCAUCUCAACCUUUCAACAAUGAAAUUGACGCUCCCUCUCUAAUGGUCCUCAAUAACUUGUUCGAAAUCACCGUCAAGUUCAGCAAAAAGAUCAGUAAUGAAGUCGAGGCCUUGUGGGUUGCUUUAGGUACGAAGCAAAGUAAUUUCGACAUCAUUGUGGAAUAUAUCAUGAGAAAUUGUCUUGAGAGGAGAAAUUCAAGCUUUGUUUCGUACUCGAGGCAAAUCAUUGCAUAUUUGGUUUAUUCACAACCUGACUCUUCGGUCAUCAUUGGGAAAAUGAUUGACAACUUGCAACCGAAAGCAAUGGUUCCACAUCCAUUAUCCCAAGCAGCAUCAAAGACAGCAGACCUUGUUGAAGGUUUCCCUUAUACGGCGAACUUGACAGAAUUGCUCUCUCACAAUUCGAAGGAAUCGGCAUUUUCGCUCGGGCAAUUGUCAAUGGUGUUCUUGGUGGAUUUGUUCAGAUCCAAUAACGAGAUGAUCAUUCCACAUUUACCUUUACUAUUACAUGUUUGCUUCUCCUUACUUGAUCAUUACUUUUAUGUCGUGCAAGAACAGGCUGCUUCAUUAUUGAUCCAUUUGGUGCAUUCGAUUGCACCAACCAGUCCAAAAUCAGCUCAAACUAUUGAUAUCUUGAGACAGAAAGAUCACUUGAAGUAUCUUUGGGUAUACGAUGACCUCAACAACGAUAAGAAAGGAGGAAUCACACCUAGAAACAUGGACACGCUUGUUAGAAAAAUACUUGAGAUAUUUGCACCCUCCGUUCCUAACUUGCAGGCUGACUGGAGCCGUGUCUCACUAAAAUGGGCUACCACUUGUGCUGUGCGUCAUAUUGCUUGUCGAUCGUUCCAGAUCUUUAGAUCGCUUUUGACGUUUCUCGAUCAAACGAUGCUCAAAGAUAUGUUGCAUAGAUUAUCUAACACAAUUGCUGACGAAUCUUGCGAUAUCCAGGGAUUUGCCAUGCAGAUAUUGAUGACCUUGAACGCUAUUACUGCGGAGCUAGAUUCUGAGAACCUCAUUGAUUUCCCUCAACUUUUCUGGUCGAGUGUUGCAUGUCUUUCCACGAUACACGAGCACGAAUUUAUCGAGACAAUAUCAACCAUGUCUAAGUUUGUAUCGAAGAUCGACCUUGAUGCGCCAGACACCAUUUCAUGCCUCAUCUCCACAUUCCCACCGAAAUGGGAGGGUAAGUUUGAAGGGUUGCAACAAAUCGUCAUGGUAGGGUUGAGAUCGUCCGUCGCCUGGGAGCCUACGAUAAAGUUUUUGGAUAAACUCAACCAUUUGAAAGAUAGUGAAAUUAUUGGCUCUGGUGACCAUCGUCUUUUUGUUGCAGUUAUUGCCAACUUGCCGAGAUUUCUUCAUGCCCUAGGGGAGCAAAACAUCACUCCUGAAAUCGAGAAGGCUUGUAACCUCAUUGGGGAGAUGGCUGCGACAUGCAACAAGCCGGCCCUAGCGAGGAUAUUGAAUUCGCUUGCAAAGUCCAGGUUUAGGUCGAAGAAAGAUUUCUUGGUGCAAACAAUAUCUACUUUGAAGGUUAGUUUCUUCCCGGAGUACGAAGCUCAAACAUUGGUUCUUUUGCUCAGCUUGCUCUCGAACCAGAUUCCAUGGAUGAAGCUCGAAACAUUGAACAUAUUGAAGCACACCUUCCCGCUCGUCGACUUGCUGAAGGACGAGUUUGUUGGUGUAGGAGCAGACCUCAUUUCUCCAUUAUUGAGACUUCUCCUUACAGAGUACGCUGAACCAGCGCUUGAGGUGCUUGAUGAAGCCGUCGUGAUUUCUGGAUCGCAGCUUGAUAAGGACAUUUUGAGAAUGAGUUUGGGUAACUCAUCCAUGAAGAAGGAAUAUGAGCAGACAGCUACGUUGUUUGGAUUUCCAGACGAGAGUGGGUGGGCAAUUCCCAUGCCUGCGGUCACAGCUGCCAGUACAAGGAACAACAUCCAUGCUGUAUUUGAAACCUGCAAUGAGAGUAUGACAGUUGACGAGAAGCAGAAAGAUUUCGCCAACGAAGAGAUCGAGUUCUUGAUGGAAGACUACUACGAGCCGGAGCCCGAUCAUGCAGAUGCUGCAUCCACAGCCAACGAGGUACCUGGUGCCACACUUAGUAAUAUGUGGGCCGCUUUAGAUGACUUCGAUUCGUUCUUUACGAAAGACACGGAGCAAAGGGCUCAGAUUGUUUCAAGCAUGGCUACGAAUGGCAGAAACUUCUCUGGCAAAAACGCGGCCUACCACGCUCACUCGGCAUCCAUUGACACCAAGGAAAGCAAUAAUAGUGACUUGACAUCACCAAUUGACUCAGCGCCACAUGUCUAUGACAAGAAGGCUCUUGUUAUCUUGAACAGAAGUUUGGCAAGAACACAAUCCAAUACCUCAUUCAAGAGCAGCUUGGCAGAUACUUUCGGCAGUCCUAGUGCUUACGGACCACUGGAAAAUCCUGGCACUCGUAAGUCUUACAUUCCCUUCAGGAGCAGCAGAGUUGCUAAAAAGCAGGACUCUUUCACGACUCCCAAGAUGAACCCAGGAACACCCUCGUUCGAGCAGCCAGGCCUGAGCUCUGCGAAGACUCUCAAAGGCAGUCCGUCCCUUUCACUCCAUCACACAAAGACAGGAGGGUCUCUGGAUGCUGUCAAUGACAUACCCAAGCUAGAGUCUACUACUCGGUUGGACAAUCUUCUUGGUGGAGGUCGUAAAAGGAACAGAAAAUAG